AUGACUGAAAACUUAAUUCAAAAAUUUGAGAAUACCACCUUAAACGAACAGGAUUGGAAAGCUCAAUUACAGGCCAAUAAUAUCGACAAAAGGCCCAAGACCGAGGAUGUGACGAAAACUAGAGGUACCGAAUUUGAAGAUUAUUAUUUAAAGCGUGAGCUUUUAAUGGGUAUUUUCGAAGCAGGCUUCGAACGCCCUUCCCCUAUUCAAGAAGAAUCCAUCCCUAUUGCCCUUAGUGGGCGUGAUAUUCUUGCUAGAGCCAAGAAUGGUACUGGUAAAACAGCUGCCUUCGUUAUUCCCUCUUUGGAAAAAGCUGAUACCAAAAAAAACAAGAUUCAAACUUUAAUUCUUGUUCCUACUCGUGAGUUGGCUCUCCAAACUUCUCAGGUUUGCAAAAAUUUGGGCAAGCAUAUGAAUGCCAAGGUUAUGGUUACUACUGGUGGUACGACUCUCAGAGAUGAUAUUUUACGUUUGAACGACCCUGUCCAUAUUGUCGUUGGCACUCCUGGCCGUGUACUUGAUUUAGCCGGAAAAGGAGUAGCCAACUUCAGUGAAUGUAUGACCUUUGUAAUGGAUGAAGCCGACAAAUUAUUGAGCCCUGAAUUUACCCCUAUUAUUGAGCAGCUACUAUCUUACUUCCCUAAAAACCGUCAAAUUUCUUUAUACAGUGCCACCUUCCCCUUGAUAGUUAAAGCCUUCAUGGACAAGCAUCUCAACAAGCCUUAUGAAAUUAAUUUGAUGGAUGAACUUACUUUGCGAGGUAUUACUCAGUAUUAUGCGUUUGUCGAUGAAAGCCAGAAGGUACAUUGCCUUAAUACCUUGUUCUCCAAGCUCCAAAUUAAUCAAUCCAUUAUCUUUUGCAACUCUACCAACCGUGUUGAGUUGCUCGCUAAAAAAAUAACCGAGUUGGGUUAUUCUUGCUUCUACUCUCAUGCUAAAAUGCUUCAAUCCCACCGCAACCGAGUUUUCCAUAAUUUCAGAAAUGGUGUUUGUAGAAACUUGGUUUGCUCUGAUUUGUUGACCCGUGGUAUUGAUAUUCAAGCUGUAAAUGUUGUUGUCAAUUUUGAUUUUCCCAAGAAUGCCGAGACCUAUCUUCACCGUAUUGGCCGUUCUGGUCGUUUUGGACACCGUGGUCUUGCUAUCAGUUUUAUUUCUUGGGCUGAUCGUUUCAACUUGUACCGCAUUGAAAAUGAGCUUGGAACUGAGAUUCAACCUAUUCCAUCUAGCAUUGAUCCUUCUUUGUAUGUGUUCCCCAAUGGCAAUUACCAAGUUCCUCGUCCUUUAACUGGCACUGCUGAACAAACCCUCGCUGCUCAUCAAGCUAGAGGCCAAGAAUUCAAUAAUAACCGCAACAAUUAUCGCGACAACUAUCGCAAUCAUUCUGGACGCGGCAAUGGCGGUGGCUAUCGUGGUGGUUAUGGUGCCAGACGUAACCCUAGAUAUGGUGGUCCCAACCCGAAGUCUUUAUCAUAA